AUGUUUAAUCUCUUAUUUAUCUCAGCCAUCGCUGCAGAAGAUGUUGGCGUUGGCGGAUUCAUUAAGAUUAAUUUCCCAUAUAAUGGAAAUAAUGCCGAACUUCUUUCUAAACUCACAGUUGUCGUUAAAACUCCACAAGGAUCAACUGUUGAUGAAGCCGAAGUUCAGCCAAGUGGCUAUUGGCUUAUCCCAACACCUGCAAACCACGAACUCGUUGUUUCAGUACGUGGUCCACAAGGAAUGGUCUUUUCUCCAGCAACAAAGAAUGUCAACUUCCCAUUCAACAGCGAUAUUGACUUCCAAAUUCUUGGUUUCGCAAUUUCAGGUAAAAUUACAACUAGAACAUCUACAGGAUCAAUUGUCCACGUUUCAGCUUCUUUAAAUGUUCAAGUUGAUCAAGUUGAUGGAAACAUCCACCUUACGACAACAUCAUCACCAGAUGGCACCUUCUCAGUUGGCCCAGUUUAUUCUGGCAAAUAUACAGUCCAAGUCAAAGAUGCAAUCGCAGAUCCACAAACAAUUGUUGUAGAGAACGAUUGCGCUGUCUGCCCACCUCUUCUUAUUACAGACUGGCCACAGAACGGUAAGGUUGUCUUCCCAGAAGGCGUCACACCGAGAAAAAUCAAACUUUUAUUAUCUGGCUCAGCACAACGUGAAGUAGAGACAGAUUCGGAUGGCUUCUUCUUACUCAAGAACCUCAAUGUUGGCAACUACGUACUCAACAGUGCUGAAAAAGGCGUUUCUAUCUCUCAAUUAUCAUUUUCAGUUACAUCAUCUCAACUUCCAACGCCAUUAUCAUUACAAUUCCUCGGUAUUUCCAUCAGUGGUUCCGUAAAGUACCCCAAUGGCCAACCACUCGCUGGAGUUCCCCUCAUUUUAUUACCAGCAAAUUCAAAGACAACAACAAACGCAAAUGGUGAAUUCUGCUUCAACAGCAUCCAGCCAACACAGACACCAUCAUUACGCGCUGAACUUCCAUUCUAUACAUUCAAUAUUCCACAAAUUGAAGCAAUCCAGACAUUACCAAUAGAAAACCUCCAAAUUACAGUACAGAACGCUAAGAUCAGCGGUACAGUUGAAUGCUCAUCCGCAGAUCUUACAUUUUCUGGUGCAAUUUCCCAAUCAUUUACAGUUACCAACAAAUCCUUCACUGUUUCAGCCCCAUUCGGCAAGGAUGUUGUCGUAAAGGCUGUUUCAGAGUGUGGAUUUGAGUCCUACGAGUUCACAGUUCAAGCUCCAAGCGAUUCCAUCAAAUUCCGCUCAAUUAAGGCCAAAGUCACCGGAUCCGUACAGUGCAUUAACGAGUGCAGCGACUUGAAGCUCACCAUGUCCAAUUCCCAGUUCAAAUACCAGAUUCCUGUUGAUGUCAACGGCCAUUUCGAAGAGGAAGUCGAUUUCGGAACAUAUUCCCUCAAAUUGAACCAUCCUUCCAACCAAGUCUGGUCCGACCUUGUCACUUCACUCCAGGUCACAUCUAAGAAUGUGAACGCAAACAAGGUUGCUGUACAGAAAGCGUAUAAGUUUACAGUGGUUUCAUCCCACGCCAUGACUGUCCAGUGCGGCGAGAAGACUCUAAGCCUCCAGCGUGGAAGUAAUGACGUAGAAGUCGAAUCUACGGUCAUCAGUCCAGCCGAUUGCCACAUUUUCGAGGCAACAGACUUGAGAGAGAAUACCCGUAUUAUCGUAUCUAAGAUCGAGCGUGAAGUUGUUAUAAAGAAUGACGUUGCAGAAUCAAAAUCUGAAGUUUUCGUAAACAACAAGCGCAUCCAAGCCCCAUACAAAUUCACACAAGACCUCAAUGAGCUUGUUACCGUACAAGUUGCUGUUGCAGCCCCAUUCUACGUUGAGCCAUCUUCAUUACAGGUCUCUGUUCCAAAGGAUUGCUCAGGCUGUGGUAUCCAAUUCGAAGUCAUCCGUGGUGUAGAAUACAGCGGCCGCAUCUUCCCUCCUCUAGAAGGUGUCCAAGUCACUGCAUCUGACUCUACCGGAAAGAUAAUUGGUCAGACCACAACAACCGCCGCCGGAUCCUUUACACUCGGCUCACACCCAUCGAAUGCAAAUAUCACACUUUCAGCCACAAAAGCCGGCUACAACAUCAUCAGACACGAAAACUCCUUUGAUUUAGAUGCAGAAAAGCUUGCAACGAUUUCUGCUGAGUUCUCUGAUGAAAAGGCCCAUGGAACAUUACUCGCACUCACAAGAACCGACGGAUUCAAGAUGACAACAACAGUUUCCGGAAAAUCCGCUUUGUUCACAAAUUUGGCACCAGGAGAAUACUUCGUAAAGCCAAUCAAACGCGAGCACGUCUUCGAACCAUCAAUGGCAUCAUUCACCCUCAAGGACGGCGCUGACCAACAACUUCAUUUCUCUGUCAUCAGAUCAAGAUUCGGAAUUUCAGGUGAAGUGAAGUCAAUUUCUGGCCGACCAGAACCAGAUGUUGAAGUUACAGCACAUUUCUCAAAUGGCGAGAAGAUCUCUGAUGUUACAGAUGUAAAGGGUAACUUCAGACUUGGCAAUCUCCUUCCAAACAUGAGUUACACAGUUACAGCUGCUGCAACAGGAACAUCCAAGGCCGGAAGAAUCACUCCAGGAUCAAUUGUUGUUGAAUUGGGAGAGGCUGAUUACGAAGGACUCAAAUUCAACUCAAUAAGACCAGCGAAGAAUUACGAUGUAUUCGGAACAGUUGAUAUUCAACCAGCAAUGUUGGAUUCAUUAGUUGUUUUGCUUGAAAAAGAAGGAGGAAUUGUUGUUCAAGAUUUCAAGUUCCAGUCACAGAACACUGGUUUCUUCUUCUUCACGAAUUGCACUGAUGAGAAAUACAAUGUAAGAGUUGCAUCUGUUAGAAGUGGUGCUGAAUUCUCUUGCCCAACAGUUGAAGUCGACAGAAAGAGAAAGGAUGUUGAAAUUAAGUGCGAAGUUAAGGAGUCUAAUGAUGUAGCGUUCGAAAUCGGUUCUCAGUUGGAGGCGUCAUUGGCUGCUUUUUGUUUGUUCGCUUUGUUCAUCGUUUUAUACAAUUUCAAGGCACUUUCUUCAAGCAUAGCAUCAAAGUUCACAGAAAGAAGAAGACGUUAA